AUGGAGGUCGUCGGCAUCUUACUUCUGGCCACAGCGUUCGCGGCUGCGAGCCCGUUCCUGGCCGCUCGUCGACGUCUGAUCGACGGGCAUAAUGCGCGUUUCGACGCCGGUUUAGAGAAUUACCGCAUGGUUCUCAACAAAUUCUCGUCUAUGACGAAGGAACAGCUUCGGCAGUUCACUGGGGAACUCAUCGACGGCUCGAACGCUGACGCAGAUUCCCCGCGAGGUAUCAUAGAUGAUUUGGACGGGGAAAUUCCGCCCCCCUCUGCCGACUAUCGGAACCUAAGUUCUCCAAUCCGUGACCAGGACACAUGCGGCGCUUGCUAUGCUUUCGCAUCGGCUGCUGCGUUAGAAGUCCACCUCCGCUUGAAGAAAGGGGUCUUCGAUGAGGUUUCAGAGCAGGACAUCUUGGAUUGCAGCACAGCUACUCAUGGGAAUAGGGGAUGCUACGGAGGCAACACCAUGAAGGUUUUCAGAUACAUCAAUGAGAACGGUUUUGUCACCAAACGUGACCGCUACCCUUACGAGAAUAAGCUCGGUCGCUGUCGAUCCCAGAGGGAACACGCUGCGGGAACCGUCGACGGGUUCGAGCUGGUCUAUGGAGGCAGAGACACAAAGGAACACAGGAUGAAAGUCGUCAUCGGACUCGAUGGCCCUGUCACCGUGAUGCUGCAGUACUUGCCUGAAUCGUUCUACGAAUAUGACGGUGGUAUCUACGACGAUACCAAAUGUGGCCAGAUCGAUGCUGAGAACCCUCUCGCUCACGCCGUCACCGUCGUUGGGUACGGCUCGGAGGAGGGGAAAGAUUAUUGGAUUAUCCGUAACAGCUGGGGAACGAAGUGGGGGGAGGAAGGUUACGCUCGCCUGGCGUUCGGCAAAAACGUCUGCGGCUUGACAACGAAAGUCGUCCUCCCGGUUGCAACUGUUUUCAAACAGAAGUUCCUUCAUUUGAGCGAUCCCAUUUUGAACGGCGUCGUCCAGGAGUGCGACAUUCAUCAAAAGUCCCAGAUCCCCGGAUGGAUCUCGCAAUGA